AUGCCCCGGGGGAGACGCGGGAGCCGGGUGAGCGCCCUGGAGGGCGGCCGGGAGGAAGAGGCGCCCGCGGCGGGGCUGCAGCCCCCCGCGGAGGCCGAGGCGGCGGCCGAAAGGACCCUGCUCCGCGGCAUCUUCGAGGUCAGCGGAGGCGGCUGCGACGUGGUGCUGGGCGAGCGCACCCUGCGGUGGCGCCCCAUCCGGCCCGAGCGCCCCGCGGGUAAUUCCAAGUUCAGUCUGCUAUGUAAAGAAGACUCGAUCGAACUCCAAGAUGUAUUUUCAGUGAAACUGAAACGGCGUCACUCCUUUAAACAGCAAACAAGAGGCACUGUAUUAGGCAUCACACUUUUCAUCUGCUUGAAAAAGGAACAAAAUAAAUUAAAGGAUUCUACACUUGAUCUUAUUAAUUACAGUGAAGACCACUGUGACAUAUGGUUUAGAGAGCUGAAGAAAAUGUUGGCAGGUUUUUCAAGCAGACCAAAGUCACUAAAAAUUUUCCUUAAUCCACAAAGUCACAAAAAAGAAGCUUCCCAGGUCUAUUAUGAGAAAGUUGAGCCUCUGCUGAAGCUGGCAGGAAUAGAGACGGAUGUGACAGUAACAGAAUAUAAGGGCCAUGCACUGUCCCUGCUUCAGGAAUGUGAGCUCCAGGGAUUCGAUGGUGUUGUCUGUGUUGGAGGAGAUGGAUCUGCUAGUGAGGUAGCCCAUGGUUUACUUCUCCGAGCCCAGGAGAGCGCCGGGAUGCACACAGACCAAGUCUUCACUCCGGUCCGAGCACAGCUUCCACUCGGCUUAAUACCAGCAGGAUCUACCAAUGUAUUGGCACAUUCUCUUCACGGAAUCUCUCACGUGGUAACUGCAACUUUGCAUAUUAUAAUGGGACACAUACAACCCGUGGAUGUCUGCACCUUUAGUACUACUGGCAAGCUUCUUCGCUUUGGGUUCUCAGCCAUGUUUGGCUUUGGUGGAAGAUCUCUGGCUUUAGCAGAGAAUUACCGAUGGAUGUCCCCCAGCAAACGGAGAGACUUUGCUGUGAUUAAGACACUGGCAAGACUUAAGCCUGAGGACUGUGAAAUAUCAUUUUUACCUCUUAGCAGCUCUCAGGAUGAAGGAGAAAGGAUGGAACAGGAAUCUCCAAAAUCUGGCUGUAAUGGGCAGUGGCAGACCGUCCAAGGUCAGUUCCUGAAUGUGAGCAUCAUGGCGAUCCCUUGCCUGUGUGCGGUGGCUCCCAGGGGCUUGGCACCUAAUACCAGAUUAAACAAUGGAAGUAUGUCUCUUAUAAUUGUACGGAACACUUCACGGCCAGAAUUUAUAAAACAUCUGAAAAGAUACACCAGUGUGAAGAAUCAGUUUAAUUUUCCAUUCAUCGAGACUUACAAUGUUGAAGAAGUAAAAGUGUACCCAAGGAAUACUGUUGGAUACAAUCCAGGGGAGGAGGAUGGAUCUCAGGAAAUGCCCUCAGGAAACACUACCUUCCCUUGGAAUGUGGAUGGCGACUUAAUGGAAGUUGCAUCAGAGGUCCAUGUUAGAUUACACCCAGGAUGUAUCAGUUUUUAUGGAGGAAUCAUGGAAGAAAUGAAUGAUUCUAAAGUAACAUGCAAUUGUUUAUAAUAGAAAUAUGUAAAGUACC